AAAGAUUGUCGGCGACUCUUGGCCAUUAUUUUAACUCCACCUUUGCAAAGAGUAGGGCCGCCAUUGAAGCUGCAGGCAUCUCAGGUCCACCUGCUGACAUCAUUGAUGACCACCCAACAUUGAAAAGAAUGGUCAAUAAUUCUAACCACUGAAUUAUAACUGUUGGGUUUCUUCAGGAUCACACAAUAAGAUGUGAUGAAAAUAAAUUCUUCAACAGUGAAAUCGGCUUAACGCUCAUCAUCCUCGAGCUCUGUUCUUGAUUCUCAGAUUGUUUUAUUUCGUCUGAAUUGCAUUAAAGUUGAUUGGAAUCCUUGUGGGGUGUGAUCUUGAGAAAAGAAAGAAUUCAAUAAUGGUGGGAAAAAGAACAGGAAUAGGAUUGCUGACGGCUGCAAUAGUGAUUGUGAUUAUAGGCCGCCAAAUUCUCACAAAACCCACAAACCAAAAUUCAGCCACGCGCUCAUGUCUUUCUUCAGACAAAAGGAAUAAGACGAAGAAGAAGGUCCAUUUUGCUGCAGACAUGGUGGAGCCUCGUGACAGUAAUCAGGAAUACCGUGGGCGACGGAUUCCGGCCAAAAUGGAUUAGGAGACCAGAAAACAGUCAACUGAGAAAACAGAGCACUAGAUUCCGGCCAACAGAGUUGCUCUGUACAAUGGAAUUCUCAGCUAUCGUCUGCAGCAAGCAUCUUUGUACCACUGAGAAUUAUGUGGGUUCUAGAAACGCCCACUUGUAUUUAGAUUUUAUAGCAUAAAAAACAGAGUAGAACCUGAGAUUGUGCAAAAGUAAUCCAGGUUUGGUAACCCAUCACCAAGUACAUUGAUAAUUUUGCACAGUUUUGCUGUUCAUCCUACUGAUUUUUUAUUCAGUAAUUGGGUAUUCAAAAGGAUUAGAUUUUGAAUCAACUGUUCUUUA